AUGUCUAGCUCUGUAUUUCCACUCCUUCAGCUCCCCAACGAGCUCCUCAUCCUUAUCGCCGAGACCCUUGGCCCACCAGACUUCUCACGCUGCGAUCCUGGCUGGCUGGUCCUCCCCGCUGUCUGUCGACGUUUGCGUGCGGUGGCCGCUCGCUCAGUCGACCUCUCGGCUGGAGAGUUCUUUGGCCACACUUUUUCCGGCGAGGAAGAAUGUAGCGUGUCCUGGGACUCCUUCCCGGUGUACAACGGCAGUAGCCUCGAUUUCCGGGACUGGUACCUGCGUCUUGUAGCUGAAUGCCCCAACGGGUGGCAGGCGCUCGAUCGUCACAUCGGCUCUCCCUUUCUGAUAACACGACCGCAUCGCCUCAACACUGCAUGGAUUAAGACCCUCAGCUUGGGAUGUCAGGCUUGGAAAGUCGAUUCCAGUAUGGCCCAUUGGUCUUUUGAGGAUGCGCCCUGCUUCGUCGCGCCGGCGCUGAGAAGUCUGGAUCUUACGAACUACAUUGUCGAUUGGCUUUGUGAGGGGCUGGAAGACCUCAGCGUGCGUAUGCACAGCAGGCCUACGAUGAACUACCGGUACCCCGUGGCACACCUCUUCGAGCGCCUGGCGGAGUCGCGACAAACACUUCAGAGCGUCCAACUCAUGGGACAUUGUCUUUUGACGCGAACUGAGGCUCACGAGAGCGCCAUCCCCGACGCAUUGACCUUUCCGAGCUUAUCAAAGUUCGAGCUCACGACCGCGUCCAACGAGGCGGCUUACUUCGUGCGACGCAUGUCGUUCCCUGCUGCUUGUCUACCCAUUUUCAACGUCCACGGCUCGGCCCACGGUUUUCUAAGCUGCUUCUCCUGGGAUUGCGACGACAUCACUCGGUCGAGUGCUUUGACGAUCCGCGAGGCGGCACGUGAUAGCGGGUACGGAUGCACUGUUACAGGAAGCAGGAUCUCGACGAAAGAUGGGUCGGCACUACGCUCGUAUGCCGCGGAACACGUACCACGCCUGGAUAGAUAUGGAUACGGACAAGAGGUCAGACGGCUUGAUCAGUCCUCUUCGGCCCUUGAGCCCUUCUUCAUAGCCAACCUCGAUUGGACCGUGAACGCAUGGAAGUCAUUUAGGCUAUCAGCGCUCGACGACACGCAAAGCAUGCGAUACCUCUUCGUGAACGGUAAAGGGCCGGCUAUUCAAACCCGGUACUGCAGGCUCGGAAGUAUGGGCCACGCUCCUCCGCCAUCUCCCAAGCGUACACGCGCUGUACAUCAACGCACCCUGCUACGACGCUCUUUCUCCACUUCUCACCAAGCUCAAACCCGAUGA